AGUUGUGAGCUGUCAAGAUUCACUUGACGUUGUUGAAGAAGCGAAAAAAUUGAUAAUCAAUCUCAUCACAUCAUAAGACUCCCCUAUAUUCUUUCGUAAAUAACAAAAGAAAGCCCUCGCAAGGGUUUCCACUGAUUGGGGAAUACUUCUUUCCAGCCAGCCCACUAGCCAGUACGACGUGCGCUCUCUCUCUGCGGUACAUUCCUACACGGUCGUAACAUUCACGAUGAUUCGCUUCAUACUGAUACAGAACCGUGCCGGCAAGACGCGGCUCGCGAAAUGGUACAUGAACUUCGACGAUGACGAAAAGCAGAAGCUGAUCGAGGAGGUGCACGCCGUGGUGACGGUGCGCGAUGCCAAGCACACAAACUUUGUCGAGUUCCGGAACUUCAAGAUCGUGUACCGCCGGUACGCCGGGCUGUACUUCUGCAUCUGCGUCGAUGUGAACGACAACAACCUGUGCUACCUGGAGGCGAUCCACAACUUUGUGGAGGUGCUGAACGAGUACUUCCACAACGUGUGCGAGCUGGAUCUGGUGUUUAACUUCUACAAGGUGUACACGGUCGUGGACGAGAUGUUCCUGGCGGGCGAGAUCCGCGAAACAUCUCAGACGAAAGUCCUCAAACAGCUGUUGACGCUGAACUCGUUGGAAUAGGCUAACCCGCAGGGCGCGCGUGUGUGUUUUUAUUGUUACUUGCUGCUGUUUCUCCUCACCUUUAGCUGGCUCAACUUCCCCAUUCUUGGGCGGUACGCAGAGGCGCGAACCGAAUGUAAAGAUGCAAUACGUUACACGAUGCGCGGGGUCACCGAAGGUUCGAAGCACACGCACAGCAUUCCAAAACAAAAGUUGAUACUAAGUAGUUGUUGAACAACUUGUGCAAAGCCAUAUGUCAGGGACUUCGGAACCGAUGCCCGGCUCCCUCAGCGACCUCCCGCAUUCAACCUCCAUGAGUCAGCUGGUUCUAGGUUCGCGUUUAAGUUUUUCCUUACGAACGUUCAUCACCGCUUAUCAUCGAUCUGUAUGAUAUAUCUACUACACGCUACUAAGCACUGUUCCCCGGGAACGGGGAGCCCAACCAUUACAUACAAACAAACAAACAAAACAAUAUUCGUGUAAAGAAAGGUAAUUUUUCCGUUUCGGUUACUCCUAGAACUGCGAGGAUGCUGAGCUGCCGCAGUUGGACGAUACUUCUAGGAAAAGUGCAAGCGAGCUAAUGUUGCACUGACACUCACCAAAAUGCGAAGGUUUAAAUUAAUGGAAACUAUUAAAUAUAACGAAAAGUAAGGCAAAUAUUAUAGUAAAUACUACUAUUAUGGUACAUAUUAACGAAAAUGAUCUGUAUUGCGUAUAGUAAUCGAAUAAAGCAGAGUAAACGAACAAAAU